AGAGCGUGGGUUUCAGCGAGUUCUACAUGCCAGCUUCUAAGGUUCUUGAUUUUCCAAUCCCAGAAGACAGUGCAUGAAGCCAGGGGACAUCAGCUAUGCACCAAACAACUUGGCCUCAGGAGUUGGUGACCUUUGAGGACGUGGCUGUGUACUUUACCCAGAAUCAGUGGGCCAUCCUAGAUCCUGCACAGAGAGCUUUGUACAGGGAGGUGAUGCUGGAGAAUUAUGCAAAUGUGGCUUCCCUGGUAGUAUUUCCAUUCCCCAGACCUGUUCUGAUCUCCCAGCUAGAAAGAUGGGAAGCACCAUGGGGCCCAGAUCCCUGGGAAACAGAGGUUUUAAGAGGCAUCUGUUUAGGUGGUGAGUCCUGGAUCAAGAACGAAGAGCCAAUUAUAAUGCAGGAAAUCUCUGAAGAAACAGAGUUGCCAGUAGAAGGACUCCUCAGAAAUGUUUCUCAGCACUGUGAUUUUAAAAGUAAGGCAACAAAACAGACUUUCAGUCCAAAUCCAAAUAUGAUACUUCGAGGUGGAAUGAAGUUCUACGAAUGUAAAGAAUGUGGGAAAAUCUUCAGAUACAACUCCAAACUUACUCGACAUCAGAUGAGUCAUACUGGGGAAAAGCCCUUUAAGUGUAAGGAAUGUGGCAAAGCUUUCAAGUCCAGCUAUGACUGUAUUGUCCAUGAGAAAAAUCAUAUUGGAGAAGGGCCUUAUGAAUGUAAAGUGUGUGGCAAAGGUUUAAGUUCCAACACAGCCUUGACCCAACACCAAAGGAUCCACACUGGAGAGAAACCCUAUGAAUGUAAGGAGUGUGGGAAGGCUUUCCGUAGAAGUGCAGCAUAUCUUCAGCAUCAGAGAUUACACACUGGGGAGAAACUCUAUAAAUGUAAGGAAUGUUGGAAAGCUUUUGGGUGUCGAUCACUUUUUAUUGUCCAUCAGAGAAUUCAUACUGGGGAGAAACCUUACCAAUGUAAGGAGUGUGGCAAGGCAUUCACUCAGAAAAUAGCCUCUAUUCAGCAUCAGAGAGUUCACACCGGCGAGAAGCCUUAUGAAUGUAAGGUAUGUGGGAAAGCCUUCAAAUGGUAUGGAAGCUUUGUGCAGCAUCAGAAAUUGCACCCUGUGGAGAAGAAGCCUGUCAAGGUGCUUGGGCCAUCCCCAGUCGGUCCCCAGGGUCCCUCUCCAGCCUUGUCUCCUGUUUCUCUGCAGAAUUCAUCCUCUGCACCAGCUAUGGCAGUGCCUUCUUUGGCUUUUCCACGUACUGUACUCAUUCCUACCUCAGGGCCUUUGUUCAUGCUGCUUCCCACAUCCGGAAUACCUUCAUCACCUGUUCAAAUAGUACGUGUCUUCCAGGGUCUUACUCCCAUUGUGAAACCUUCCUCAGUUACUCUGACCCCUGCUUUUCACUCCUCAUGAGGUUAGUGUUGGAAUUCCUAUGGCUUUUAUGCCCAGCAAGUCUCCAACCCAAAUU